UUCUCUUUCUCUUAGAAUUUUGUCGUUCAAAGCCCUCACUUUCCUUCUCAUUUUCCCUCUCCAAAUCCCCCUUUUCUCUUAUUCCUCAGAAUCCCGUCACCCCCUUUCUCUGGUUCUUCCGAAUUUUUUUUUUUUUGUUUUUGGGGGCUAAAACUUGAGUUCGUUUGCCCUGUUUCUUUUUUUUCAUACUUCGAGUGGUGAAGUUGAAAUGGGUUUUUCGAAGAAAUCACAAACGGAAGUUGGGUUAGACAGUGAAGGCAAGAAAUGGUUAAUCGCUGGAAUCGCUAUACGGACUUCACUGAAGCCUGUGAAUACCAAACCGAGAGGUGAAGACGAAGACGAAGAAGCCUUUUCAACUACUCCAACAGCCAGAGAAUCAAGAAUACCAGAGAGACUACCAUGCCCACCUGCCCCAAGAAAGCGCAGACCUCCAUCAUCAAGAUGCCAUUUUAAUGGAGCUCGAGAGUUCUUCACUCCACCUGACUUGGACACCGUCUUCAAAAUCCAUGUCGAGAAAGCAAACUGAUCAUGAGUAGACACUAAUUAGUUGAAUCGUCAAAACUCAAAAACAUAGUUUUGUCUAGGUUAACUAGGAGAAGUUUUCUUUGAGUUUUUGUGAUUGUCUUU